UCUGCUGUCGAUAUUUGUUUGGUUUUUAUUCCGCACGUGCGUUUAAAUUCCACCUGAAAGAGGCGAUCAUGGACACAGGCGAAGAGCUCAAGUCCUGGCUGGCUGAUAAGAGCAAACCGUAUCCGGCACGUGUUGAGUUCGCCCUGAAGGUCUGGCAAUCCGUGGAGUUUCCCUAUCCCAACAAGUACGAGAUCAUCACCGAAUGGCUGGCAAUAUCCCUGGGCAAGAGCAAGGAAGCGCUCCCCACCCAGCAGCUGAGAGACUUCCUAAAGCUAAGGGCGCAACCCGGUUGGGUCUCCUCCAAAAUCAAAGACCAGCUGAUCAGGACGCUGUUUGAAAAGGUCUCGCGGGCUGAGAAUGUCAACGAGUCGGCGCUGGAACUCCUGCCCUUGGCCCUCAACUGUGAGCUGCUCCAGGAUGCCCUGAGAUCGAGCGGCGAGGCUCUAGCCCAAUGCUUUGGCACCCUGUUCAAGUCCCACCAAACAUGCGUGGAGCUCCGCAAGGAUAACAAGGAUGGGAAUCAGGCACAGGAGCACUGGGAUGCAGAGUUCGUAGUCCCUGUGAUCAAGCAGCUGGCCGAGAUUGCCCGCCGCUAUCAGAGUCCCGAAGAGCUGUUAGAGAAGUACGAUUCGAAGACAGUCCGUCCGCUUGUGGAGCUGCUGCUCAGUCUGAAAUCCCCGUGCUUGGAGGAGCUGGUCGAACUGGAAAAGCAACUUAAAGCUCCGUUUAACGCCGAACGUAUUCAGAAACAGCCGCUUCAUGUCAGCCUGGUGCUCUUAGAGGCCGCUAUCCUCAACAACCGCCACAAAACAAAUGAACUGGGAAUGAUCGUGGAUGUGGUCUUUAGCGCAAGCAAGGAGUCUGAGUCAUCGCUUCCCUUGGCCACCUAUUUGUUGAUGUCACUGCGAAAGCACGAUAUACCCUUGCCCAAAUUUGAUUUCAUUACCGCCAGGCUGCUCGAUCUGGUGCGCCAGUACAGAAAGUCAAAUCUGAAGGACAUUUUGACCCUCCUAUGCUCUGCCUUGCGCUUGAAUCCUCUUCUGCUGGAGCAGAGUGUCUAUCAGAUCACCGUUUGGCUGCUUACGAUCACCAAGGAGACUGCCGAGGAGGAGGAGCUGUACUCGGAGUAUCUGAUCCUGCUGUUGGACAUGUUCCGUCGCCUCAGUCGUGCAGAACGCUUCAUCAUGAAUCUGCUAAAAGCCCUCAAGGAGUGGCUGGGAAAGUAUCCUCUGGAGAUUACCCAUAAGGAAGCCAAAAAGCGGCGACUUCAGGACUCUGAAACUUCAGUUGAGGACAAGGAAAAGCAGACGGAGAAGCACUUCCUUAGCCUCAUUUUCACUAGAGCCCCCUCAACAGCAGCACCCUCAGCUAAUGAUGCCUUCAAGCAGCUCUCCCAAACCUGGCCAAGUCAUUCCGCCGGCGUGGCCUUCACUCGCCUGGUAAGCAACCUGAUGACUAAGCCGUCGCUGGUGAUUUGGAAGACCCUGUUGCAUUCCUUCGUGGAGCUGCUGGAGGAAGAUCAGCCACAAGGUGUGCGGCCGGAAAAUCUGGACUUUGCCCGUGAGCUACAUGCUGCGUUGCUUUGUCAGUACCUAAGUGGCACUCGGCUGGCGGAGCAGGUGCAUUUACAUCAGGUUCAAGUGGAGCAGCAGCUACAGCAUACUUCCCAGGUGCUGGAGCAGUUUGGACGGCUCUUGCUGAGUCAGGAGCACAAUCGCCGGCUGAUGAAUGCCUUUCUGGAGUGCACGGAGCGGGCAAGUAGUUUUGAGUUGCUCCUCACGCACUACUGGCCGGAUGGUUUCCCCGCCAGCCAAAGGUCAUUGCAGCUGAGGGGUUUCCUGCCGACCGCCGAGUGGACACUGAUCCAACAGAGAGUGCACAACUUCGGCAAGAGCUCCUGCCGCCAGCGAUUGCAACGCUUGGCGCUGCAGCUGGCGGAGAGUGGCUGGUUGUUGCACGAUCAACGGGGAGCCAAUUGCUCCGAUGCCCUGGCCGAGUUGGUCACACCCCAGCAAUUAUUCCGGCUGUCCAGGCCACAGAAACAGCUUCGCUUGCAAACAAAGAUGGAUCAGGACUUGGACUCCCAUCUGGAGGAUUCGGAGUGCGUGGAACUGAUCACUCUGCAGCUGCUAAAGGAAUACGGAGCAGCGGCCAAGGAACUCAAGGCCAAGGGCUCGUUGAUGGUAAAACUGAAGCUGGAGGAGACGGUGGAGGAGGCCUCCUUGAUAGCUUUCGUAAGGGAGAACACCGCGGUUGAUAAGGAGCUGCAGUUGCCCUCGGCACAGGAGCUCGUAGAGUCACUGCAGCGCUUGCCGCUGGCUCAGUUGGCCACCAACAUUCGCUCGCGCCUCUGGCUGGUGAUCUUUGUUUUAUACAGGGAUCUCAGUCGUAGUCAGCAAAAGGAGCAGUCCAAUCAGGUCCUAGAACUGCUUAUAGAUCUUAUGCACUUUGGUCAUCCGCUGCCCAUCUGCAGUUACUUUCCGCAGCUAAGCGAGCUACUCCACCUAAUCCCCACCAGCUCGACAACGGGUUGGAGCUUCUACGAGACACUUUUCGCCCGCUGCAUACGACGUCAAGGUGCCGGCAGUGAGACAUUCCUCGCCAGCUGCACGGAGUACCUUAGGGAGCAACUGGUUGCCGGCAAGUUGCAACCAGAGCAGUGUCGUCUCUUGCUGCUGGCCAUCGAAACGCUUUCCAGUAUGACUGGCGUCCAGGGCAGGCGGAUGCAGCGCCAACUGCAGCCUCUUAUCGAGAUCUACGGCGCGAUGGUUUCCCACAAGUUCCGCUCCAAGAAGAAGGAGGCCUCCGCGUACAAGGAGUUCGUGGAUAGCACUCUGUCGGGCUAUGCCACCUACGUGAGCAGCUGCAUCAAUCGCUUGGCCAGGCAGGAGCGGGAAAAGGAACAGCAGGAGAAGGAGCAGAAUAAGCAAGUGGAACCGGAGGAGGAGGAGCAGCAGGAACCAGACAAGAAGAAGAAAAAGAAGGAUAAAAAUAAGGCAAAGGCUGAAGCGGAGAAUAAGGAAAGUGAAAAAGAGCUGCAACCCAUCGAUGAGAACUUCCGACGCAUUUGCAAGAUCUAUAUUGGUCACUCGCUCAACUAUCGCAAUGCCCAUGCCAUUCGCCUGCUGAACGUGGCCCUCACCCAUCGUCAGCGCUUGCAUUUGGAUCCGGACGAGAUCGAGUUCGUGUUGAGCAGCUAUUGGCGGCAAUUGAAUGCGGAUAUUGAGGCGGGUGACUUCUCCACCAGUUCGGCAUUGGAUUGCCUGGAGCCCGCCAUCAAGCUGAUCAUUGGCUACAAGACCAACGAGGAUUUCCUGCUACUCCUGCGACGCCUCUCCACGCAAGUGGAGCAGAUGCAGCGCCCCGAGACGCCUGCCCAGCACACAGCGCUCCAGAAUGUACUCACCCUGCUGGCCCUCUUUGCCAAGUGCUCACUGAGCACUGUCAAGGGAGCGAUGCUCAACGAGCACUUCGAGUUGAUCAGCGUUAGUGCGGCACUGCGUCUGCCGGAACCCAAGGACUCUGCCUACCGAGGUCAUGCCCUCCGCCUGCUGGAGGCUCAGCGCAAUCUGGCCGGGAAUCGCAUGAUUCCCCUCACAGGAGAAACUCUGGAUUGCCUGCUCGGCAGCAUGCUGGAUGUGAACAUCAAGCACUUGAUCAGCCAAGGCGGCAGUUGGCAGGACUUUGUGGACCUAUACGGUGCCCUCACGGACAACCUGGUGGUGCUGUUGAAGCAGCACAGCAACCUGAUGUCCGACCGGGCUGCCCAGCUAAGUGCCCUUUGUCAGGAUCUCGUGCAGGCCAUCGUUGGCUAUCGGGCGGAGCGAAAGCAGGCGCAGGACUUAAGCGAAACGGAGCUGGAUGGUCUGGCGGAUCUGGGCCUGAAGUUGGCCACUGUGAUGGCCACGGUGGCCACCACACAGGCGCUGGCCGUGAAGCGAGUGGCGCCCUUCCUGCUCAUCUUUACCAUCCGCCAGAUGGUGGCCACUGAAAGACCCACCACGCUGUUCGAAAAGGUCAAGGUUCACAUAGUGCGCGUGUGCCACGAGCUGAUCGGGAUCUGCGAUCACCGCGCCGGACACUUCAUCUUGCGCUCCAGCAGCGAGGCGGGCGCCAGGAUGUACGAGAGUUUGGUGAAGGAGCACGAGAAGUACCACAAGUUCAGGGGCAAGGUGUAGAAUACCGGAAGGAAUACCGAAUACUACCAAGCUGUUCAUUUUUUUGUAUUUGUGAAAAAAUUUGCAUCUUCGAAAAAAAUUAUAUAAAAACUAAAGACCUA